GGGAGUAUAGGAUAUCGACCCGUAACAUUUGACAGUUUCAUGUGAAUUUUCGUGGAUACUCACGAAAUGUUCGUGAAAAUUAAUAAAGAAAUGAAUUGGAAAUAUAUGUUCGUGGCGUGUGCUUUAUUCGCGAUGCUAUUGAGCUUUACGGAGUGUAACAGCGUGGAAAAGUAUGCAUUACUUAUGCCAAAUGUUAGGCCAAACAGGGAAGAACUAUAUUUAUGUACACCGGUUAAGGUAGAUCCUUCCCAAAGUUAUUAUGUGAUAGGUUUCGAACCGAAUGCAACAAUGGCAACUGCUCAUCAUAUACUUUUAUAUGGUUGUGGCAAGCCAGGGAAUUCCAAGCCCAUAUGGGAUUGUGGGGAAAUGGGUCAUCGUAUGAAUGAGAAUGAAGAAACAAUGGUUCCUUGUGCAGAGGAGUCCCAGAUAUUGUAUGCUUGGGCUAGAGACGCACCAAAAUUAAUUUUACCAGAGGGAGUGGGUUUCAAGGUUGGUGGAGACUCCCCAAUUAAGUACUUAGUUCUACAGGUUCAUUAUGCCCAUAUUGAUGUGUUUAAAGAUGGUAGAACAGAUGAUUCAGGAGUGUUUCUUUAUUACACGUUGCGUCCACUCAAUAAACUUGCUGGUGUUCUGUUGUUGGGAAGCUCUGGUGAAAUAGCCCCUAGAAGCACAACAUAUAUGGAAACAGCCUGCAUGAUAAAAGAAAAUAAAACUAUUCAUCCUAUUGCGUAUAGAACACAUACACAUUCACUUGGAAAAGUAGUUUCUGGAUAUCUAGUAAAAUCAGAUUAUACGUGGACAGAACUUGGUAAAAGGGAUCCAUUGACUCCUCAAAUGUUUUAUCCUAUACACAAUAAGGUUUCUGCUGGACUAGGAGACCAAAUUGCGGCUCGUUGUACCAUGCAAAGUACACGGGACAGCUGGACAUAUAUAGGCGCAACCAAGUCAGAUGAAAUGUGUAAUUUUUACCUAAUGUAUUACGUGGAAAAUGACGAACCGUUAUCUAUGAAAUACUGUUUCACUUUUGGCCCUCCACAUUACUAUUGGAGAAAUGCUGGACUUUUCAACAUACCGGAUGUGGAAGCAUCUAGUUUAUAG